UUGACGAUAGCAUCUCGAGGGAACUCGGGCAGUUCGGGUUUAAAUCUAAGACGUUUGAGUUGGAUUUGGAAGUUAGAAUUGGAACUGCCGUGAGGGCAAUGCGUCUGGAAUUUCGAAGUUUCAGACUUUCAGUUGGUCCAACGUUCGAUCCUUGGUCGCGCCAGUUUUCGCCUAAGAUGUUAUAAUGUCUUCCUUUUCAAAUUAUUACUCUUCUCUGCUAAAGUUUUGCUGGGAAACCAACAACCAGCGCCUAGCGCAGAAACUUCAUUGCCUUAUAAUCAAAACGCAGAGACACCCUGAUACGUUUCUAUCGAAUAAUCUCAUCGCUGCGUACUCUAGGUUCGGUCUUUUAAUUUACGCCCGCCGCACGUUCGAUCAAAUACCUCACCCAAACCUCUUCUCAUGGAACGGCAUCCUGUCUGCUUAUUCGAAAUCUGGUCAUCUCUCUGAAAUGGAGGAGAUAUUUAAGAGAAUACCAAGUCGAGAUGGGGUUUCUUGGAAUUGUGUUAUUUCGGGCUACGCGAAUUGUGGAUUGGGUGAAGAGUCGGUGAAUAUGUAUAAACUGAUGUUGAAAGAUGGGCCUGCUAAUUUGAAUCGAAUUACAUUCUCCACGAUGCUUAUCUUGUCGUCGACUCAGUCUGCUAUUUACCUGGGUAGGCAGAUUCAUGGACAGAUAAUGAAAUUUGGGUUUGAAUCAUAUGUCUUCGUGGGUAGUCCUUUGGUGGACAUGUAUACAAAAGCUGGGUUGAUUUAUGACGCAAAGCGGGUUUUUGAAGAGAUGUCUGAGAGGAACGUAGUAAUGUAUAAUACAAUGAUUACAGGGCUUUUAAGGUGUGGGAUGCUUGAAGAAUCAAAGAGUUUGUUUCUAGAAAUGCCUGAAAGAGAUUCAAUUUCAUGGACAACAAUGAUUACUGGGCUUACACAAAAUGGAUUAGCAAUAGAAGCACUGGAGGUGUUUAGAAGAAUGAGAUCGGAAGGAUUGGCUAUUGAUCAGUUUACUUUUGGAAGUGUUUUAACUGCUUGCGGGGGUCUUGUGGCCUUGGAACAAGGAAAGCAGAGCCAUGCAUACAUAAUUAGGACUGAUUAUAAGGAUAACAUUUUUGUAGGUAGUGCCCUUGUUGACAUGUACUCCAAGAGUGGAAGCAUAAAAUAUGCAGAGGCAGUUUUCAAGCGAAUGGCUCACAAGAAUAUUGUGUCAUGGACUGCAAUGUUAGUAGGUUAUGGUCAGAAUGGGUUUAGUGAAGAAGCUGUAAGAAUUUUCUCUGACAUGCAGAGAAAUGGGAUCAAGCCUGAUGAUUAUACCCUAGGCAGUGUGAUCAGUUCAUGUGCUAAUCUAGCAAGUUUAGAAGAGGGUGCACAGUUUCAUGGCCAGGCCCUAGUUUUGGGAUUAAUUUCAUCUAUUACUGUUGCUAAUGCGCUUGUUACCCUUUAUGGUAAAUGUGGAAGCAUUGAUGAUUCUCACCGUCUGUUCAAUGAGAUGCAUAUCAAGGAUGAAGUCUCUUGGACUGCACUAGUUUCAAGUUAUGCUCAAUUUGGAAAAGCAAACCAGACAAUUGAAUUGUUUGAAAGAAUGUUGGCUGAUGGACUGCAACCUGAUGGAGUUACUUUCAUUGGGGUUCUUUCAGCUUGCAGUAGAGCAGGACUGGUGGAGAAAGGAUAUAAAUAUUUUGAUUCCAUGGUGCAAGAAUAUGGAAUUGAUCCAAUCCCUGAUCAUUACACUUGCAUGAUUGAUCUCUUGAGCCGAGCUGGAAGAUUGGAAGAAGCAAAAGAUUUUAUAAAUAAGAUGCCUUUUCAUCCUGAUGCAAUUGGUUGGGCUACCUUACUUAGUUCUUGUAGACUUCAUGGUAACAUGGAAAUUGGGAAAUGGGCAGCUGAUUCCCUAUUUGAAUUAGAACCACAGAACCCAGCAGGUUAUAUUUUGCUUUCUAGCAUUUAUGCUUCUAAAGGGAAAUGGGAUGAUGUUGCUAAGUUAAGAAGAGGGAUGAGGGAUAAGGGGGUGAGGAAGGAACCUGGUUUUAGUUGGAUCAAGUACAAGAACAAGGUAUACAUUUUUUCAGCUGAUGACAGAUCAAAUCCAUAUUCGGAGCAGAUAUAUACUGAGCUGGAGAAGUUAAAUUCUAAGAUGAUAGAAGAAGGAUAUGUACCAGAUAUGAGCUCUGUCCUCCAUGAUGUAGAUGAGGCAGAGAAAAGAAAGUUGCUUAGCCAUCAUAGUGAGAAGCUUGCAAUAGCUUUUGGAUUGAUUUUCAUACCACCUGGUCUGCCCAUACGAGUUGUUAAGAACCUCAGAGUCUGUGGGGAUUGCCACAAUGCAACUAAAUUCAUUUCUAAGAUUGUUCAGCGAGAGAUACUAGUAAGAGAUGCUGUCAGAUUCCACCUGUUCAGAGAUGGAACAUGUUCAUGUGGGGAUUUUUGGUGAUGCUGUAUACUUGUAUUUUCAUCGACAUACGUCUACCCACUUCACUUGAGGGGCUGCAUUGAUUCUUUUUAUACGACUGAAGGGCUAAUUUUUUUUUUCUGAAAUGGUUUGAAAUGGAUGAAUUGCUCAUGUUCAAAAGGGACAUGGAAUUUUGACACCUAGGAAUUAGCUGCAUCCAAGUUCCUUUCGAACGUUCAGCUCCAAGCUGAGACAAACAGGUUAAAUGGUCUAAACAAUUGCUAGAUGGAAAUGGAUUUUAUACUGAUAAUUUGAAAAUGUUCUUGCAUAUAUUGAAGACUAGCUGAACUGAACUUCUCAUUGGUUGUCACAGUAACACAUUGGUUUAAUCUUAAAAUGAAUUGCUGGUUCCUUCAGGAUUUGCUGGACUUUGUAUGAUGAAUAGAAAGAUUUUUGAUAUGUCACAGGCUCAAUGUAGCAAGUAAAGUGCAUUAGUGAUAAUAUUAUAAAUAGCUUGGCAUCUUUUUAUGUAAAACAUUAAAAUGACAAAGUCUUUUCUCUCUAGGAGGAAAUGCAUCACACUGCUGGAAGAUACACAACACUACUGACAGGAUUAUUCACUGAGGAAUGACUUCUCUAAGAUUGAUUAAUUAUAUUUACAACUGUUUUAUGAGAGAAGAAAAUUGGAGGAUAUUCAAAUGACAAGCAGACAUAUUGGUGAACAGAUUUCCCAAAAGAUUAUUUUGGGUACACAGUAAGGGCUUCAUGCUGAAAGUUGUUCUGUGAAUAGGGGUUGGAGAAAGAAUUAAAAGAUUUCUCUCGUUUUGAUCUGUUCCAUAAUGACUUGGCUUGCAAUACCUAAUACUUGGUGAAGGAUUUGCAGAUUCACUGUGAAAGCAAAUAUUAGUCCUAUUGUCCAACAAAGCCCAAGAGUUCAAUAUUUGAAGUGAAGAUUUCCAGCUUUACAUCUGGAUUUAAAGGUGAUUGUAGCAACAACUUGCAAAUUGCACUAAUGUAUCGAGGAAGUCUGUGUAACCGUGCAUUGACAAUUUCCUUGGUUAUGGCACCCAUAGCCAUGUUUGGAGUAGAGAAAAUAGAAGUAGAGGCCCUUCUGAAUUUCUUGGCCAAUUUUUUCAGGCCUUUCUGCAUCCACUCUUAACAAAGCAUCUUGGUGAUCUCCAAAUUGUUUAUGAACAUGGAAGGUGGGGCUUGUUCCUAAUCUUUUGGCCAAGUAUGAUUAUGACUGUCACGAGUAGCAGCAGCGUCAGGAUUUGAGGCUAAAUUCUUAAUUUUUUUUUUCUGGUUUCUCUUUUCCUUUUUAUUUAUAAGAAGCAAUAUAAAUGAUUAAGCAAGAGAUUGGUGAGAUGGCUCCCCAAAAUUGUAUAAUGAAGUAUUUAUCAC